AUGCGUGCUCUAACCGGACUUUACCUGUCCGCGGCGUGCUGCCUCUUCGGCCAAGCACUCGCUUGGGAUCAACAACCCGAUGGCUACGAGUUGAUCGACGGUCCCGAUGGCCCCGAGUCCGUGGACGCAUGGCGUCGUGACUGGACCACCUGGAAGAAAAUGGAGCUGAUCACCAACCGGUACAACCCGAAAGACUCGUGCAACGUGUACAACAUCCAGCAAACUCAAUGGACGCAGCAGAAUUUUGUGCAGACGUUUCUUAUGAUGAACGACCGCUCCAUCUACGAUCGCGAGACCCAGCAAUACACGGUCGACAAGUACGUGGAUGAGAUGCAGAGUCGUGUUGGCCCCAUUGACAGUGUGUUGAUCUGGCCUGCAUACCCGAACAUCGGUGUGGACAACCGGAACCAAUGGGAUCUCCUACGAGACCUUCCCGGUGGAGUCGAGGGCGUCAAGGGCGUCAUCUCUGACUUUCAUCGUCGAGGUGUCCGUGUGAUCAUCCCGUACAAUCCAUGGGAUAUUGGAACUCGUGACGAGUCUGGACUGGAAGAUAUGGUACGUAUGUACAACGCCGACAUCACGACACUAACGGAGACGGUCCCUGAGCUUAAAGCGGACGGCUUCAACGGCGACACCAUGUACGGCGUUCCCAAGUCCUUCUACAACUGUAGUAACCCUGUAGUGGCAGCUCCCGAAGGUGGUGUACCCACUGCAUAUCUGAGCCAUAAUCCGAUGAGUUGGGGGUACUUCUUCGGCUAUUCUCAUUUCCCACCCGUGGCACGUGCCAAGUUCCUGGAGUCGAGACAUAUGGUGCAGAUCUGUGCGCGUUGGUCUCUCGAUCGAACCGCCGAGUUGCUGACUGCUUUCUUCAAUGGCGCCGGGUACGUGGUGUGGGAGAAUGUAUGGGGUAUCUGGAAUGCCAUGACCGAGCGUGAAGAUGAGACUGCCAAGAGAAUGUUUGCCAUUCUACGCAAGUUUGGAACGAUCGUCUCGACGGGUGAAUGGACUCCGUACUACGCCAUGAAGGGCGAUGGGCUGUUCGCUAGUGCUUUCACUCUGAGCAGUGAGUCGCUUUACACGGUGAUCAGUACUGUGCAGAAAGACAUGACGUACGAAGUGCCACUCCCUACUGACCAGGCUGGCGAAGAUGUUCGCAUCUACGACGUUUAUCAUGGAGUCGAGCUGAAGAAACAUUCUGGAAACAGUACGAACGGAACUGUCGUGAAGGUGACGCUGGAGCCUCGUGCGUUUGGUGCCAUCUACGUCACAAAAUCCAGCAACGACAUGACCCAGUUUCUCAACGAGAUGCAAGCAAUGACCACUAAACCCCUAACUAAAUACUCGACGGCAAGGAACUUGCUGCAACAGCAGCUUAUCCGCAGUACCAGUAGCAAUACCUCGACGUCCUCGGAAAACUCCGACGGUAUGGUGCGUGUGUCUGGAGCUGCCAACUGGUGGUUCAACGUCAGCGGCGUGCAGAUCGAACCCGUGUCGGCCUGGACUCCGAAUUUCGCUCAAUACGGAACGGGAGUGCAGUUUCCCUGGGAGAAUCGUCCAUGGAACAACCACUCGACGAGGCUGUUAAUCCAGGAUUUUCUGAUCGAUAAGCAUCCUGUGACCAACGCAAAAUAUUCGGCCUUCCUCAAGGCCAGUGGCUACAGUCCCAAGUCACUGGACCGCUUUUUGCUGCACUGGGAGAACCGUCAAGGUGCUCCAGCGUCGUGGACUGUGUCUCCUUCCUUGGCACAGAGUCCUGUCGUGAAUGUUGCGCUAGAGGACGCUCAAGCGUAUGCCAAUUUUUACAAUAAGCGUCUUCCGCAUGACUGGGAAUGGCAGUAUGUUGCUUCCAACGGUGAUAAUUACGAUGCCUAUCUGUGGGGACCUGAAUUCGACAGCUCGAAGGUGCCCACGGUGUAUCAUGGCAAGGAGUUGCCCAAGUUGGAUCCUGUGGGUUCGUACGAGAACUCUCACUCGACGAAGUUCCAAGUGGAAGAUCUUGUGGGCUACGUGUGGCAGAUGACAGAUCAGUUUUGUGACUCUCACACGUGUGGACUUCUCCUGCGAGGAGGAAGCAGUUACCACCCCAUCUCGGCUACGCAUAUCGACCCCAACUGGUACUUUCCUCAAGCUCUGGACGCACAGCAUCAUAACCGCUUCCUAAUGAUCAGCGAAGGCUACGAUCGCUCCCCCAUGGUGGGUUUUCGCUGUGCGAGAAGCAUCACCCCUCCUCGCGAAUUUAACAUUGCUGGAUGA